UCUUUUACUUAAACGGAUCUCAUAACCCAUACUAUUAUUAUUAUUAUUCAUCAUAAAGUUGCUUUCGAUAACUUUAAUAUUUAUUUUCGACCUGUAUAACACAUGAAACCUCAAUAUAAUACUUACUCGAUCUUCUCCAGCUCACAUUUCUCUUCGACUUUUUUUUCGUCUUCUCUCAUUCUGUACUAAUAAUUAAACGAUGCAUAUUUCAUUGAAGGAAGCUUAUUAUAAAAUUCUGACGAACAAUUAUUCUGAUGUCAUCUUUCGCGGAGUGGUUGUCGCCGUAGUUGUCGCGAUAUUAGUCGGAUGGUUUCGGAAAGGAUGUGAGAGAAGAAUUAAAAAAGGUGAAAUUCCCGGAAAACUUGGUGUUUCUUUCCUCGGAGAAACUUUUUCUUUCCUAGCUGCUGCAAACAGUACAAGAGGUUGUUAUGAUUUUGUCAAGCAACGACGAAUAAGGCAUGGGAAUUGGUUCAAGACGAGAAUUUUGGGGCACGUUCACGUUUUCGUUCCUAGUACAGAAGGAGCGAAAAGGGUGUUGGCGAGCGAUCAUGCGGCGUUCAACAAACGGUUCUUGAAAUCAAUGGCGGAUGCGGUUGGAAAGAAAAGCUUGUUAGGUGUACCUCAAGAGAUCCAUCAAAGGAUCCGUCGUUUGCUUUCGGAUCCUUUCUCCAUGAAUUCAAUGUCCAAAUUUGUCCCGAAAUUCGACCUUGAGUUGUGUGAGAGACUCAAGAGAUUAGAGAAUGAAGGAAAAAGUUUCAGAGUGCUUGACUUCACCACCAAGGUGGCAUUUGAUGGAAUAUGUGAAAUGUUGAUGAGUGUGAGAGAUUAUUCCACACUUAGAAAACUCGAAAGUGAUGUUGAUGCCGUUAAUGAAGCCAUGCUUUCGUUUCCUGUUAUGUUUCCAGGCACUAGAUACUACAGAGGAAUGAAGGCAAGAAGAAGGUUAAUGGAAACCUUCACGAAGAUGAUUAGCAAGCGACGAAGUGGAGAGGAAGCUCCUGCAGAUGAUUUCCUGCAAUCGUUGUUGGAGAGAGAUUCAUAUCCACCGGAAGAGAAGUUGGACGAUCAAGAGAUUCUCGAUAAUCUAUUGACGCUCAUAAUUGCCGGCCAAAGCACCACUGCAGCUGCCAUAAUGUGGUGCGUCAAAUUCUUGGAUGAAAAUAAACAUGUUCAACAUACAUUAAGGGAGGAACAACUAUCAAUACUUAGAAAGAAACCUGAUGGAGCCCUACUCAAAUAUGAAGAUCUCGCGAGCAUGUCUUAUGCUUCAAAGGUUAGAGAAAAUCUAAACCAAACAACGUACUUAUUUUAUAUACAUACGCGCGCAGUCGUCAAAGAGACAUUGAGGAUGGCUAAUGUCUUGCUAUGGUAUCCUCGAGUUGCUCUACAAAAUUGCACCAUUGAAGGUUAUGAGAUAAAGAAAGGUUGGAAUGUGAACAUUGAUGCAACUCAGAUACAUUAUGACUCGACAACGUACGAGGAACCGUAUCGUUUCAACCCUUCUAGAUUCGAUGAAAUGCAAAAGCCAUAUAGUUACAUACCUUUUGGCACAGGACCUAGGGCAUGCUUGGGCAUCAACAUGGCAAAAGUUACUAUGCUCGUAUUUCUACACCGGUUGACGAGCGGAUACACGUAAGUCGAU